AUGGAUCCUCGAACCACAAAUCUGCCUCCCUUCUCGAACUUGCUCACUAUGAGAUACGAGGAAAGCAUUCCCGUAUUCAACAGUAACAAGGAUCUUUUCACUAUUCCACCUCCGAAUGACAUUGACCAGCUCUACUAUUGGGGCCAGCACAAUCUUGACAUCGACCCGCUCUCCAAUGCUCGUCCGGACCCUUCCAAAGGAGACCUCACCCCAGUCCCUCUACUGCUCUCGAUUAUCGCUGUGCCAUGUGACAUGUGGCCGAAUGCUGCUAAACUCAGGUGGGACGAUGACACUCAACUGCACACGGCCCAGCUCGUCUGGAAGGACACGGAUAAGCAUUCCGGAAUAUUGAGCGAGAAAAGCGGCCCUCUCAGCAACCACACUCUCGGUCUCCCUGCCUUUGGAUUUCUUAACAGGGUAAGGGAGGAAUAUGACGUGAUGAACAUCGAGAUCUUUCUGAUGUCGGAAAAGAAGCCAAUCAAGGUUAAAGAGGUGACGAUUCGCCGCGUGCUGGAGGCCGCUGGUAGGCACAGGCAUGAGAUACUGAAGCAAGAGAACCCGUAUCACCAGCUUGGUGACCGUCCCAGGUACCAGACGACGUGGGGUGGUGCGUACUUCGUGCCGGAUCACAAGAUGAAAAAGUGGAGGCUGAUCUACAAUGCUGUCCGGAAGCCCUGA